CCUGUUGGUCUCCAGACCAUGUUGGAUCUACUAGUGGGGGUCUAUCAGGAGUUCUACUCCUCACCCUUUGCAAGGGAGAAGUAUGUAUCUCGUUUCCUGCAAUGGGCUGAGCCUCUGGUGAGGCAGGUGAAGAAGACUCGCAUCAAAAGGGAAGACUUUCACAUCCUGAGAGUGAUUGGUCGUGGCACAUUCAGUGAGGUUGCUGUAGCAAGGAUGCAAAGCACACAACAAGUGUACGCUCUGAAGAUUAUGAAUAAGUGGGACAUGCUGAGGCGAGGAGAGACAGGAUGUUACCAGGAGGAGAGGGAGGUUUUACUGAGGGGUGACAGACGCUGGAUCACAGAAUUGUACUAUGCCUUUCAGGAUGACAACUAUCUGUACCUGGUAAUGGAUUAUUAUGUAGGAGGGGACCUGUUGUCUCUGCUCAGUAAAUUUGGAGACAGGAUCCCUGAGGACAUGGCCCAGUUCUACCUGGCGGAGAUGGUCAUGGCCAUUGAAUCUGUCCACAAACUGGGUUAUGUGCACAGAGACAUCAAACCUGACAACAUCCUGCUGACAGCCGAUGGACACAUCAGACUUGGGGACUUUGGCUCCUGUCUCAGGCUCUUAGAUGAUGGGAUGGUUCACUCUUCUCUAGCAGUCGGGACCCCUGACUAUUUGUCCCCAGAGAUCUUAAGAGCAGUAGAGGGAGGUGGAGGUUAUGGUCCUGAAUGUGACUGGUGGGCUUUGGGUAUUUGUGCCUAUGAAAUGCUGCUGGGGACCACACCCUUCUACGCAGAUACCCUCUCUGAAACAUAUGCCAAGAUUAUUCACUUCAAGGAGUAUUUUGAGUUCCCUCCCUCUGGCCUUGAGAUUUCAGAUAAGGCUCAUUCAUUCAUCACUGGGCUCAUCUGUGAGAGGGAAAUCCGUCUGGGGAGAAAAGGCUCCAGUGACUUCAGGAGCCAUCCAUUCUUCUGUGGACUAGACUGGAAUUCCCUGAAUCAACUCUCUGCACCAUUCCUGCCUGAUGUAUCUAAUCCUACAGACACCUCCAACUUUGACAUUCUGGAUGACUCUCUAAGCGAAAUGGAGACACACUCUGAUGUAAUGGAAAGAGCACCAAUAGGAGUCCACUUGGCUUUUGUCGGAUACUCUUACACGGCUACGAGUCAAACGGGUGCCAUAGACCGCAGCCACAACAUCAUGAUGCAGAUUGACCACACAAGGCUCAGGGACUGUGAGAGACUGUAUACAGAUGAGAAAGUGAGCCAGCUGUUGCAUCUCAUCGAUGCUCUGCCAGACAACCUGCCUGCAUUGCUGAAGCUCCCACUCACUCUGGAGCAAAGUUGUACUGUGUCCACCCAAACUACCACUGAGGAAGAGGGGAAUACUGACAAAAUAUCAGAUCUUGAUGAAGACCUGCAGCGCAGGUUACAGGAGGCACAGAGGACACACUGUGAGUUGGAGAAAGAAAUGGAGAGAUUGAAAUGGGAGAUGUCAGGCUGGAAUGUCUCCAAGGAAACAGAGCUGAGUAUCUGUCCAGCAUCUUUUGCUCUGCCUGCCCACUGUAUGGACAUACCAGGGGAUAGGAGGAGAGCGCCCCCAGUCUGCCAGUACCCGCUGGUGAUUCCUCUCCACCGUCACCUGCUCCUCUUUCACAGGGUUCACCUGCCACAGGUGACAAGUGAGUCAUACUUGCUAGUGUGUGCAGAAUGGGGGGAGGUCGAGGCCUGGGAGAGACACUGUUACACCGAGGUCUCCUGAGACCACAGCGAGGUGUCAUAUGCUGACUUCUCCCAUUCCAAUGGCACAAAGUAAUAAUCAUCUGCUAUAUGCUUACUCCCUGCCCCACUCUUCACCCUCGUCAACUUCCUGUGACCAGAAGGAAAAUGAAGGACUAAAAGCU